AUGGAUCCGAUCUCAAUCAUCGGAGGAGUCGGUGCCAUUGUCGGCAUCAUUGAAAUCACCUGUAAAGUAAUAUCGAACAUCCGGGCGUAUCAUAGCAGACAUAAUUACGAAGAUUCUGUCGUCAUGCUGAGCAUUCUUUCCCAGCUAGUCGCCUUCAAGACAUCAUUGGCCUAUAUCAGGGACUGUUGGCAGCUUUCUACUCCUGAUCAGCCAUAUAGCCCUUCUCCAGACCUUGAUAUCAUUCUCUUGUGCUGUAAAACACUUAUCGACAAACUAGACAGCAUUGUCCUCGACCUCGGCGUGUCGCCAGAAAUAGAACUUUUAACUAAUAGCGGGUUCGACAGGCGUCGAAAGGAGUUGUUAAUGCUGCAAGAUAUGAUCGAUAGACAGACAACCGCGCUGACACUACUCAUCACAUCCAGCAACUUGCCAACACACCGAGAACAACAAAGUAUUCUCAACAACUCGUUCACCCGCCAGCUCCUCAGGCACGUUGUCAAGGAUUCGGAUUCACUGCGCGCACAAUACGAUAAUGCUUCGGUCCACACAGAAUACGUCGACGACCUGUCACGGGCGUCCGCAGAGUUUCAAUUCGACUCCAUCCUGAUGCACUCGUCGCCCUAUGAACGAGUCCUGAACUUCUCGCUGACAGAUACGUUCCGCCGCAACAUCCUAGGCCGAGUCCGGCCACCCAAGGCCGCCCCAGACGAAAGCAUGACCUCGAGUAUAGCUGGAAGGCCUACUAGGUCGCAGUCUGAGGGCAAUAUAUCGGCAGGAUCAGCUUUCGGGGCGAGCGGUUUCCAAACGCCCUCGACUCUCGUUGACGACGUGGCACGUGCAAAUACACAGCCCUCGUCCGUACGAGAGGGACAGCGCAAUCUACCGUACAUUCCGCCUUCACGUAGAUCGUCUAGCACGCCCGCUUGGCCGUUGAUGGGAUUAACUUGGGAUUCCACAAAAGCAUUCACGCGAUGA